AUGGGUGGCCACGCUGAGCUCACCCAGUGCAUGGCCAGUGACUGGCACUCAGUAGUGACCACACUGAGCUCUCCUGCUCUCCCUCUCCCCGCAGUGCUGAAGGCGCAGCUGAACACCAAGCUCUUCGGGCAGCACCUGGCCAAGGACGUGGUGCUGAAGGCAGUGAUGGGCUUCAGCAACAACCCCAGCCCCAAGAAGCCGCUCACGCUCUCGCUCCAUGGCUGGGCGGGCACUGGCAAGAACUUCCUCAGCCAGAUCCUGGCGGAGCACGUCCACCCCGCCGGCCUGCGCAGCAAGUUCGUCCAUCUCUUCCUGGCCACCCUGCACUUUCCCCACCACGACCAAGUCAAGCUCUACAAGGAACAACUGCAGAACUGGAUUCGGGGCAACGUCAGUGCCUGUCCCCAGUCUAUCUUCAUUUUUGAUGAAAUGGACAAAAUGCACCCGGGUCUCAUUGAUGCCAUCAAGCCGUUCUUAGACUAUUAUGAGCAGGUUGAUGGGGUGUCCUACAGAAUCAUCUUCCUCAGUAAUGCAGGUGGUGAAUUAAUUAAUAAAGCAGCUUUUGACUUCUGGACAAGUGGAAAGAACAGGGAAGAGAUUCAGCUGAAAGACUUGGAGCCUGCGCUAUCUGUAGGAGUCUUCAAUAACAAGAACAGUGGACUGUGGCACAGCAGCCUCAUCGACAGGAACCUCAUUGACUACUUUGUCCCCUUCCUGCCCCUGGAGUACAAGCAUGUGAAGAUGUGCAUCAGGGCUGAAAUGAUAGCCCGUGGCCAUGCUGUCGAUGAGGAGAUUGUUCAAGCAGUGGCUGAUGAGAUGACGUUCUUCCCAAAAGAGCAGAAAAUCUACUCUGAUAAAGGCUGCAAGACUGUACAGGCCAAGCUGGAUAUUCACGAAGACAUUGUGAUGAGAGAUAUGAAAGCCAGGGGCUGAUGACCCUUCAGGUCUCCAAAGCACUUUCAGAGCUUUUGGAAAUCUGUAUAUUUGCACUUAAGCUUUUUUACUGUUGCAGGGAGUAUGGUGAAAAUACUGUGUGGGCUUUUUAACUUUUUUUUUUUUUAAACUUAACAUCCCACUGUUCAUUUCUGAACUGGCUGGUAUCCAAAUGCUGCCCCCUUUGUUUUUCUUUCAACCUAUAGAGAAUUUCUGAGCGUGACACAUACAUAGCACUGCAUACAGCCUCUCCUGUUUUAUCUUUCCAAGUGCUGGGAUUAUUAAGUAUUUAAUUCCUCUUUCCACAAAAACUGGGCUAGAGCAAAGGAGAACAGAGGAAUUCUUCCAGGCAGUCAUAUUCCCUUCCUUGUACAUGGUGUUGUUCACAGGCUAGUGAAAGGAAGGGCUGUGUGGUAUGUUCAGGACUAUGAUAGUGUCUGCAAGGGUGAACACCUUGAUGAGUUGCAGUAAGAAGAUGGCAUGGAGGAAGGCUUCCUGUCCUUUGCAGCAGAUUGCUGCUGUUGUGGCUUCUACAGAUGAGCGUCAGCUACUCACGGACAGAAGGGCAUGUUUACAAUUUAUGUCUGAGCUGUGGCAUCAUAUCACAUCUCCUGCUACAGUAGUAUGGGAAGUCAUGGUAAGGUCAGGGAAAUCUGUUAGUAAAUAGUAGAGAAAGGAUGUGGGGGCGGGAAGUAACUGCUCGCCCCUCUGCUGCUUUGGGUUAAAAGAAACUUUAUAUUUUUCUAAGGGGGCUAAGUGAAUGUGUGUGCUAACUCCAGGUCUUCCUAAGCAAAGGGACUCAUCUGAGAGAUCCAAUUGUUAAAACAUGCUAGGCCAGUCUCCUGUUCUUAACUAGAGAAAUCGUUCAUGAGGAUUUGAUUGUUACAGCUUGUCAGGUUAAUCUGCAUGCAGGCUCCUGGGCCUGAAGUCCCAGGAGCUUUGGCAGUCCCUCCCCGCUACACCCAAUAGCCUAGGAGUGGGUAACACUAUUCUCACCUUGCUUGGAAGGCGCUUUCAUGGCAGAAGUUAUUUUUAAUAGUGUAUUUUUAUACUGAAGUGUAAGCAACAGCAAUACAAAGCUCUUCCUAGAAAGCCACACAGAAGGGAGUAUGGGAAAUGGGAGCAAUCAACAACCACCCCAUACCUCACUAGAGAAGUAUGUUUUAUAGUAGCUUUUAACAUUAAAGAAUGUCUGUGUGGAAGGGUGCAUGAUGAGUUAGGGAGCUGGGAAGGAUGAUUUAACCUUCACCCACUUGGUAAGGCUGGGGUUUAAAAUUCUGUUACAAGCUUUAACUCUUUCAUCAUCCAUCACUUGUGGUUCAGAUACUGUAGCACGAGACAGAAGUGCCUAGGACUUGGUUGAUUGUAGUGUUUUUUAAACUGGUACAAGGGAUUGGGCUAUUUUUGUGCUGCAGAUUCUACUCCUUCACUUGUACUUAAACUUGCUUUAAGAUGUGAUGCAAAACUUAUAGGUCUCAACACUAUUAUGUCAAUUCAAAUUGCAACAGAGCUUAGCAUUUGUUAAGCUCUAAAUUAAAAAUGUCGAUUGCCUUUUACAACCCCACAUGGAAUUUGUCAAAUGUUGGUAAACUGUUCAUGCUGAUGCAAUCUCCAGAGCCAAACACUAGCUAGCCAUUAACCUUGGGACAUUGGACUGUUGCUUUUCAUGUAUAGUGUUUUGCCUGUUAACUGACUUAUUCAUAGGUGUAAAUGGUACAUCUAGUUACAGUGACUCCAAAUACAAAAUACUUGUGCAAUUUCAAAACACUAAAUAUUACUACUGUACUGCAGUUGGAAUAAAUCUCAAAUAACUUUUCUCUCUUGGUUUAAUAAUGUUCAGCUCUAGGAAAAUACUAGUUUAUGCAGUUUUCAAAGAGCUGCAGCUUUCUGUUAAGCUUCCUUUAUUCUUAAAAACUUGUUUAUAAUAGAUAAGCAGAUUAAAUAGCCUGUUGAUAUUAAAACAAGCUGAGUCAUCCAACAGCACAGUAAGGCAGUCAGCAGUUAGAUAAAGCUCAGUAGAAAUAAACAGCUAUGAAAAAGCCUUAAAAUCUCUGCCUGCUCUGCUUCAUAGUUAUUAACAGUUAUCUCCUACCAUACUGCCAGGCACUGCAGGAUAAAUAAGCCUCAGGUAGCUCAUUUAACCAUUCCUCCUCUCUGUGCUGCAUCUGGAAAGCCGUCAUUCAAAGCAGCUCUUCACCUCUGCUCUAGCUGGCAAAGGCAUGACAGGACUCCAGGCUUUGAUCCUAUCUCCAUGGGCCAGAGCCUCUGCAGCCUCCCUAGUACUGAAAAAGCGCCAGUGUGUAAAUAACGGCGUAAUUCAAGCAAGGUAGAGCUGUUGGCAACAAUGUGCACCUCACUGAACAGUCAGUUGUUCGCGCUGUUGUGAACCAUGUGUUGUGCUGUGAUGAUGCACAAGAAAACUCAUUACGGAGCGUAUCUGGGAAGCGUACGCUGUCUUGUUCAUCAGGACUUUGCACUGUGCCGCUCCGCACACACGACAGCUUGGCUGUUUGGCCCAGAGCGUCAGGCAGAUGAAGCUCUAGGGCCAGGCUGCCUCUUUCUAUCAAAAGCAGCACUUAAUACAUCACUGUAUUUUAACCAUAGCCUCUGAUUUUAUGAGCACAGCAUGAGCUCUUGGAGCGCUCCCUGCAGAAGAAGGUUGAAUUAAAGCAGCAGUUGCUUGUACUGGACUUUGUAAGAACAAACAAAAUUCAGUCUCAGCGACUGCUCAGCUACUCUCACCUGACCAAUGGACUGUUCCUCUGGAGAAUCAGACCUUUCCCCCCAUUUGACAUUUUUAUUUAAGUUGUCUGAUCCAGUUUCAGGUGGCCUAUUAAAAAGAAUAAUGGCCAAAAUUACCCAGUCAAAGCAAGAAAGACACAGUGAGGACCUCAGCUUUGAAACCAUGCAGUCUAGAGGGGGGAAUGACAACAGGAUCAGAAGGAUCAAACCUGGCAGUGAUUUCAGGCACACACAUUUCUUUCACCCAGAUGCAGGAGAUGCCCCUAGCCAGGUCUGCUGUUUUCAAGAACAGUCAAGAGAUUAAACAGAGGCAGUCUCCACCCUUUGAACAUAAUCUCUACAUCCUUACAAUGCUGUUCACAUACACAUCUAGAAAGUCUGCCUCUACAAAAACCGUGCGAGUGUUAUUAGUACCAACGGUCUAGAAGUGCAAUUUCCACUCCAAACUUCUUUUGUUUCCCUUUCACCAGGUAGCAAAGUCACAUCUCCUCCUAUCUAUUCCCUUUGAACUCAAGAAGGGAGGUACCUGUAUUCGAACACAGCUGAACACUUCAGCCAGAAAAGCAG